GGCAAUUUUGACAGGUAGUGACAUGGAAGUGGAACUGAUCAAUUUGUAAUUUAGUGGAUAUUUACAUGAAAUUUAUCUGUUUGAUCUAAAACUUUUAUCAGUGAAUAGACAAAAAUGGCAAAUUUCAACAACCCCAACGAUUAUUCAUGGCAAACUCAAAAUAAUAGCCAAAAUUACUCUUUUAACACUUCUAAUGCGUUUGCUGAUCCAGCGCAAACGUUAGAUUUUCAAACAUUUCCUACCGAUCAACAAAACUAUUCAUUCGACCAAAACCAGGGGACUAUGACUGCCAAUAAUAAUCAGUACUAUAACUCGAACAUAUUUACACCAGCACCAGUGCCCGGCGAGCCUGUCGGCGAACCAACCGAGUUUGACGAACCGCCACUGUUAGACGAACUAGAGAUAUACCCAGAUAGAAUAUUGGAAAAAACUUUAGCUGUACUUAAUCCAUUCCACGGUCAAUCAAAAGCUGAUGAUGCUAACUUCCUACUGAGAGACACAGACAUAGCUGGCCCUAUUGCAUUUUGUUUAGCACUAGCAGUGUGUUUGUUCCUAGCUGGGAAUAAAGCACAUUUUGGGUAUGUUUAUGGGUUAUCUGUAAUGUCAGUAAUAUUGAUGUAUUUCCUACUAUCUCUAAUGAGUCGCACUGAGGGAGUUUUUACCCUACUGAGUGUAGCUAGUGUCCUAGGUUACUGUAUGUUGCCAAUGGUGGUAUUGGCUAGUCUUGGAAUUUUCAUCUCUCUUGAAGGAUCUGUGGGAUUAAGUUUGUCAGCUGUUGCUGUUAUCUGGUCGGCACUGUCGGCCAGCAGGCUAUUUGUUACUAUGUCUGGUGACUCUGAACAGAGACCAUUGAUUGCCUAUCCUUGCGCGUUAGUCAAUGGAGUUUUUGCUCUGUUAGUGCUCUUUUGAUUGUUUGUAAGUGUAAUUAAUAUAUGUAAUCAAUUUUGUAUUAUAUAAAGAGGAGAGGUUAAUAAAUUACUGUCAACAAUCUGUACAGAACUUUUACUAUAUAUAGCCAGAUACUUAUAAAGUGUUCUUUAUAAUAAUAAAAAUAUACUCAAAAUUUCACAUAUUCCACUG